AACUGAUUUGAAAAGUUGAAGUAGGGAUGCUAUUUCUAAUCACUUCAACCAAUGCUUCCCGAAAAAGGUGUAUUUAUAAAUCGAUUCAAAGCGAAGAGUCUGAAGAAUCGAUUUAAAAAAGGGCUCGAAUUUACUUUCUUUAAAUGGAAAACAAUAAAAAUUACCGGUUCAAUAACUCACGUAACAAAAGAGUCAGUUAAUAAGGACGAGAAUGACGCAACGGUAAUUAACAUAAAAUGAACAUUUUCACACGUGAUUAGAUAAUUUUCAUACGCGAACAAUACUUUGUUGUUUCUUUCGAAUGAAAAACUGAGUUUGAUGGUGAUUGAUUGGGUGUAAAAGUGUUCAUUGUUCAAACCAAUGUAUUUGUAAUUGUAUUGUUUAUGGGUGUGUUCUAUCCGAAGCCAAAAAAAUCUAAUAUCGAUUUUCCAUUUUAAAACGAUUCAUUGAUUUAAAUCGAUAUCAGAAUCAAGCUCGAAUUGUUGUCCAUACGUUGAAGAGUGAAAGUGUUCACUGUUAAAUUGUUAAACAUGAGCUAUACUUAUUAAGUGCAUCCUAAUUUGCUAAGACAUAAUUUAAGCAUAUAACACCGCUUAUAGACUGUCGUUUAAGUCUAACUAUUUACCAGCUGGCAUCCAAGUACUAAACUAUUUAAUUGGAAUUAGUACAGAUAUUAAAAUGCAGGAUGACGAAUACUAUCAAAUAACUUCACAGUUAGAUGCGAGAGAAAUAUUGAGAUAUUUGAACGAUUUAGGUAUACAAAAUAUUAGCGGGCAAGUUUUGAAGUACUUUAUAUCAGAUCUAAAAAAGCUAAUAAAAUACGAACUCCAGAAUCGAGAUAAAAAUUCAGCAGUCCAAGAAUUUGACACUCAAUGGUCAGACAGACUUCAUAGUGCCAGUACAUUCUCAUCGAGAAUCAGGUCAAGAACACAAGAUAGUACAAGUUGCAAUAAAGAAUGUCAAAAGUCGAGUAGAAAAAAAAUGCCAGGCCUUUUUAAUACAUAUCCGCAUUCAGCACCAAAUCUAAGACAGUUGAAUCCAGAUACCAAUUUAAGUAGAAGGGCAUGCUCUUGUGUAAGGGUUGAAAAAAAACAAGAUUUAAAACAUAAAGAAACAAAAGACAAUAUUGUUAGUUCUAACAAUAAUUUAAUAAAAGUUUCUAAACAACCUACAAAUAAGAAAUGUGAUCCAGUUUCUUUAUAUCACUAUUACAUGUCACUAUGGGCCAAAUAUAAACCUAAUGUACCAGGAGAAAAUAAUUGGUCUGACCUCAGGUGGCAAAUUAGACAAAAAAUGGCAGGAAGUUUUCCUAAACAAGGACCUAAGGUGCCUGUAAUUAAAGGAAAAAAUGAAGAAAAUAGUUGACUAAACUAAGGGAAUAUUAUUUCCUUUGUGUUUUAAAACCCAUCAAUUCCAGAUUAAUAAUUUGCUUUUGAUGGUUUUUUUUGUACAAUGUGACAUCUAUGGAAUAAUACACAACAUAUGGAAUAAAAAAUUAAUUUAAAAAAAAA